AUGCCUUUCAAUGAUCUUGUCAGGAUGGGUGCUCCUCCAGCACUUGGCCCAGAAUCUGGAAUACAGGGGCGCCCUAAGGAGUACUUUGAGGCUGGGCUGGUGAGGGCUUUGGUGCCACAGACAGGUUUCAACACCGCCAAAGGCGACUUGGUGCGAUCCAUCCUCUGCCCGCGGCCCCUCAGUGCCAAACUCUGCAGUGAUGCCUUCGACUGUAUCUUCUUGGCUUUCCUGGGUGUCACAGGCUUCUUCUGUGCCUUCAGUGUAUGCAUGUACCAGGGGGUGCCGGUCAGAGACACCGCGACCACGUCCCUGCUCCUUCUCACGCUCUCGGCUCCUCCCGUGUGGCCGGCAGCCUUGACCACAGGGAUCUUCUAUGCUCAGAAGAGGCUGAAGAAGAAGAUCUUUUGCGUCUCGCCUCAGAGAAUCAACCCAUGCGGCCAGAUCAGCCUCGUUUGUUUCCACAAAGUAAGUUUCACGACGGGCACCCUGACAGAGGAGGGCCUCGACCCGGCGGCUCCUGGGAUGGGAAGCUGUCCACAGCUUCACCUCUGGCAGUGCCCCCCCUGGGGCCCCCUCUGUGGAGCCGUGGCCAGCUGCUGCUUCCUCAUCGCUCUGGAUUGGACAGGAGACCCUCUGGACUUCAAGAUGCUUGAAGGCACCGGCUGGGCUCCAGCGAAAGCAGUGGCCAUUUUGCAUCAGUUUCCAUUUUCAUCGGGCUUGCAGAGGAUGUCGGUGAUUACGCAACAGCUUGGCAGUGACCACUUUGAUGCGUAUAUGAAGGGAGCCCCCGAGAUGGCAGCCAUUUUGUACAGGGGAAACAGAGUUCCCUCAGACUUCAAGGAGCUGGAGCGUUUCACCCUGCAAGGUUUCCGGGGCAUUGCCUUGGCUCACAAACCUCUGACGGCAGGUGGGCACUUAAGCCAGAUGACAGAUGGCCUCACUCCUUCGCUUCAACGAGAAGAUCCAAGUCAUCCAGAAUGGUCCCUCCAUCUCAACCCUCCUGUGAACUCCUCUGAGGGCAGAGACUGUCCUGGGCCUCGUUCUGUGUUCCUUGUGUUUGGGGAUGAGAAGAACCAUUUCCAUAGCGCUGACCGUGUGCUGGGCACUGCGCUCAGCCUCUUCUUCCAGAUAGACCUCCCAGUUAAAGACGUGAUUCUCCCAGUGACCGGUGACAUGGGUCUGGGGAUGAACGGCGGAGUCGCCGCCCAGAGAAGCACCAGGAGGGGCAUCUCUGUGUGCGCUGACAUCCCUCCGGGCCGCGGAGGUCGUCCUUGCAGUCCCCGAGGCAGCUGGGAGCCGGCUCUGAGCCCGCUUCCUCCUCCGUCCACCUGGAGCUCGGACAAGGCGGCCCUCGGGCUCCCUCGCUGCCCGGCAGUCCUCUGGGCAUCCCCAGGACCCCAAGAGGAGGGCCGAGACCCCGGGCCACCUGCGCGCAUUUGCCAAGCAGGAGAGCUCGUCCGGACAGCGGGGGAGCCGUGGAGAGAGGACCUGUGCAGCCGCGCACUGGGAGGAGAGCUGAGUCCCGGGGAAGGGACAGAGGGCGAGGCUUUGGGGGGGAGGAGAUGCCGGUCCAGAGACUUCGGUGGUCCUGUGGUGCUGUCGGGGGGCGCCAUUGCGCCGGGGGACGCCGCUCCAGCCAUGGCAGGCGGCCCCACGUCCCAGGUGGGCUGGCCGUGCUGCGUCCAGGGGAUCGUCAGGGCCACUUUGGGGAGAAGCGCCGCGAUCUCCUCUUCACGGGCAGCGACUCUCAUGCGCAACCUAAAACCGUCCUUCCAGGCUUUGGAGAGGGCCCAGCUGGCAUCCCGCUGUCGGAGCAGGAGGCCGAUCCGGCCAGCGGCCCGGGCAGAGGGGCUCCGGCUGGCCAAAUGGCUGGCACCGCUGCAGGCAGACUGCAGGCGGACUGAAAAGACGGGGCUCCCUGGCGCGCCGACCCUGGGCACAGCGACCCGCGAACAAGGGCCCAGUCGAUGUCUGUCCGUUUCUCCAUUCGUUUCCUCCAAAUCCAUGGCCCGAGAUCCACGUCAUCCAAAUUCCGAGUCCCGAGUUCAUUCUGAAACGACUUUUAUGUGUCAGAAGCUCUAUGAGCAGCCAGAUUUCAUGGAACAUGAGCUGGCUUGGGAGCCAGAAGAUCUGGAACUGCCCUUCUUCUUUUCCUUGUUGGUGAGCUCCACUCAUGCAUAUCCAAAGCUGGCUCUGUACCGACCUGCUGGGCAGCUCAUCUGCCCCCCCCCCCCCCAGCUGUUUUCUGUCUUUCUGAACACCUGCUUUUCCGGCAUCCUUCAGAUCUGGGCUUUCCUUGUGAAGCAGCAGCCUUGGUACCGUGAGGUACAUCGGUGCAGGCAGUGCUUCAUGGCCAACUGGAGUGAUUCCUUCUCCAACGCCAGUGUAGACAGCAACUUGACAAUGGGCAAUGGGACUCUGAUUCAGAAUUCCAUCCUGAGUUUUGAGAGCACCACCCUGUGGCUCAUUGCCACCUUCAACUGCAUCAUGGUUGCCUUCAUCUUCUCAAAGGGGAAGAAGCCUUUACAAAAGCCCAUCUAUACCAACCGUGAGUUCAUCCCAACAGUCCUGUCAUGCAGGAUUUCAGCUCUGGUGGCAUAUUUUGUGGAGGAUGCCAUCCUUCAGAACCGAGAGCUCUGGCUUCUGAUCAAGAAGAAAUGGGGCGUGCGCUCGAAGAGUCAGUACAGGAAAUGGCAGAGAAAGCUAGCCCAGGACCCCAGCUGGCCCCCCAUGAAUAGGACAGAUUACUCAGAAGAAGGCAAAAACGGCUUCUAUAGCAAUCCUGCCCAUGAAAACAGUGAGCCCACCCCCAUUCAGAAGGCCACUGAAGUCAUCGGGCACGUCACCGAGCAGCAUUUCUGGACCCGACUUGGAAGCCAAAACUUGACGUGAUUCAGGUCAGAGAUUGGCAGACAAUGGUGCUUGACCUGUGGAGGAGAAGCAUCUGUCUUGAUCACAAACAACCCGGAGGAGAAGGGAUGAGACUGACCUGUUCUUGGGCUUUCCUCAUCGGAGGCUCCGAAAGGACCUUCCCUGUCCCUUCAGCCUCUUCCAACAGAAGAUGGGACAGACGCCACUUGUGACCGUCCUCUAGCACAGAUAGCGAGUCUCUUGGAGAGUUCUUUUUUUACUUCUAAUAAAGUUUAUUCAGUGCUUGAAUAACUACUACAGAAUCAUGUGGUUUGGGUGGCCAAACUAUUCAUUUAUGAGCAUUAGCCAAAACAGGACUGGGUUGUACUUGGUCACUGGACUAACAAUUGUCAAGGAGUAAUUUAAGGGUUGGUUCAAGCAUCACAGGGUCUCAAAGAUGCCGUUUCCCAUGGAACUAGCCAUGCAACUCUGGGCAGGUCACUUAACCUUUUUCCACACUUGUAGAAUGGAGGUAGUAACGCCUCUCUCCCAGGGUCAUUGUCAGCUCAAGUGGCAUAUGGAAAGGGCUUUGGAACCCUUAAAGAGGUAUACAUGUGAGCUACUAUUAUUGUCAUCAUUCGCUGUAUUAUUUGUGGGAACAUGUGCUUUUUCAAAUAAAAAGGGUCCUGCUUUCCUCCUUUUCUCAUUUAAAGUCUGUCUAGAAGAACUCCCUUUGAUAGUAUUCAAUGAAAAAGUUACUGACCUUUUUUUUAACAUCAUCUUCAUUUCCAAGUAAAUUCCUCUUAAACCUGAGCCUCAGAAUGCCAGUCCUUGUAACAAAGAAUUUUAAGAGAAGGAAAAUUCGAUCAGCUCCUGAAAACUAACCAAUACCUUAGCUGAGUCUGACCAUACAUGUGGUGAUCCACACCCAGAGGCCCUCAUCUCUGCAGAGAAGGAAGAUGUCCUUCUCUCUCUCUCUCUCUCUCUCUCUCUCUCUCUCUCUCUCUCUCUCUCUCUCUCUCUCUCUCUCUCUCUCUCUCUCUGUCGCUCUCUCUCUCCCUCCCUCUCUGUCUCUCUCCCUCUCUCUCUGAGGCAGGCUCAGUCAUUAUAAGGACUGCAUUUGUUUCAUUUUAUGGGGAUGUUCUUUCCAUUUACAUUGUGGCAGUCACUAGGUCUAGUACUCUCCUGGCCCUUCUUACUUCACUGGACAUUAGUUCAUCUAAGACAUCCCCCCAUGUUACUCAUUAUAUUUGCUGUUUCUUGUGGACCAAUAAUAGUCCAUCAUACACAGGCACCACAAUUUGCUUAUCCCAUUCCUUGCUCAAUGGGUAUCUACUAUACUUCUAGUUCUUUGUUACCCCCCAAGAGGAUUGGAAUAAGUAUUGAGGCAUACUAGAGGCUAAUUGAUUUGACCUCACUGGGGUCUUGCCAAGUAGGGGGCUCUCUGAGUCAAAGGGUAGGGAGGUGUUGGGUACUUUCUUAAUGGAAUUCCAAGGGUGUUAUAGAUCCUCCCUUCUGUCCAGUCUCAAUUGUAAUAGAAUGUAUUAAAAAGUCAAGGAAACUGUCAGGCUUCAUGUGGUAGCCCAUAACAGCAUGCAGCCCUAACCUGGGCAGAAUCACUUAAGCACCCCACAAAAGGAGAGCACCUCUCAAGGCUUCCCUGGGGAGAGCAGGACAGAGAGAGGGCACUUUGCCAAGUUUGGCAUUGUUGGCCUGGCUUGAUGCUUAUCCUUCUGAAAUCUAGUGUAUAGGGCAGUGAUGGAAUAUAAUAGAAGUUUAAAAAAUAGUUCUGCCAUCAGUGGGUAGAUCUGUGACCUCCUCAAUGCUGGUACUCCCUCCAAAGAUACAGAUUGCAACCCUCUUGUGUGUCUGACCAUCUUGGGUGACUUUUGCACAUGUCCUCCAAUAAAUUUGUCUUGAAGAGUCUAUUUAUCUACUGUAUCAUCCUAAAGGAACAAGAUGUCUAUGUAUGCUUAAAUUGGGAUGAAUGAGACCAUUUACCUAGGAGAAAGCUGCCUUUCAUGCUUUUUCCCUUUUUUUUCAGUUUGUUCUCUCUAUCUUACCUUGGCUAGAAGGAUAGCAGCCACGAGUGGACCUGAUUGACAGGAGAGCUUUAAUGUGCUGGUCUACUCCUCUUUAGGCAGCAAGGCAGCCUGAUACAUCCCCAACCGUCUUCCCUAUUCCAGGAAUAUCCCUGUAGUACAGACACCUAAUUGGCUUUAGCCCAAUCGCACCUCAGAAGUCCUGGGCUCAAAUCAUCCACCAGUCUCAAGCUCCCUGGCAGCAGGGAUCACAGCUGUGUAUCUCCACACCUGGCUAAUAUUCCUCUUUUUACAACAUCUCUAGAGGCGUUUCCAAUGAUCCAUGUCCAAAUCCAGUCAAUUCAUCAGAUACUAAAUGAUUUGAUGUUCUACUAAAUUAUAGGCUCCUCUCGUGGCCUUGGAGUCUGUCCCCUAGGGUUCCCCCAUCCCUGGGUCGCCCCCCGUCUUCACUAGCAGGCCAAGGUGGCCAGUCUCUCCCUCCGAAUCACAGAACUAGAAGGGGCCUUGGAAGCAUCCAGGCUAAGCCCUGCCCGACCAGAGCAGGAAGCCUCUUGGCACUAUAGCUCUGGAUCUUCACCAGUGGAAGAACAGAAUCGACGUCUCCCUCUGGUACAUCUGACACAAGCUCAUAGCGCACAGACACCAACGGCCAUAAAGACAAGACAAAGACCUAAGCAUUCAGCAGACUCCCCGAUGCGGGAAUUCUCUCCAGUGAUGAAGGCUGCAGCUCAUCCGUGAUUCCCUCUUAUCCUGGGCAACUCCUGUCCAUGCCAUCCCUCAGCACCAUCCACAGGGGCUCUGUGCAACGUGCCAGGAGCCUUCCUCCGGCUCCUGUUGUCUCAUCAUCCCAGCUCUCUGUCCUCUAUCUCGCUGAUGACAUCAUUCAUGUGGCUUUUACUGUGUGUCUUGAUGGGUAACGUGGUCCAGCCUGAUCAGACCCACCAUCCUUGUGGGGGUGCCCCCAGCUUAAGUUUUUCAUCGACUGGCAUUCUAUGACUCAGAGUCAUGCAGCAGCACCCAGAGAUAAAUAUUCACGUUCAAGGGACAGACCCUUCAUUCAGGGUGAUGCUCUGUAUUCCGAAGAGGACAAAGGGACAUCUUCUAGGAGUCCUGGCACUCCUGGGCAUGAGCUCAUAGCUGGUCCUCAUCGCUGGUCCCAUCUGCCUAACUCAAUCCCAGCAUCGAUGAGAAUUCCUCUAUUGAAGAGAAAUAUUCUCUUUUGUCACACUAUGAGAGGUGGGGCAGAAGAGCAAAAGGUUGAGCUUGGAAGCAAGAAGAUCGAUGCUUAAUCCUGUAUCAGACCCUUAAGAUUGUGUGACCUUGGACAGGUCACUCUGGGCCUCAGGGAAGUUGGCUUCAAUAGCCUCUGAAGUCCCUUCCAGACAUAAAUCUAUGAUCCUUUAAUCAAUGGUGGCUUAGUUUCCCAAGGCUGAAUUAUACCUGUAGGAACCCAACCCUCUCUUGGUGCCCCCCCCACCCGCCUCCACCCAGUGUGCCCAUACUUUAGAAGAGUAGCAGUGCUCAAAGCCAAGAUCAAGAACUUGGGCCCCUUGUUCCUAAUCUGGGGAAAUAAUGCCUCCAGGAAAGGGAGGGCUUGAGGUUACCUGUGAACCCCCAUUAUUGGAAAGUUGGGGGGUUGCAAAAUGUUUUCCAUAUGAUAACCCAUUUUGACAAUGUGGAAAAUGAGGCUCACAGAGGGAGAUUUGCUGAGAAAGCAAAGCUGCAACUCAUGCCCAUGUCCAUUGGUUCUUUCCAUUAUCCCAUACCACCUCGCUUCAUAUCAAAGGAUUCCAUCGAUUUUAAAGCUGGAAGAGAUCAUUUAGAAGGAAUCAUCAUUCCACUGAGGCCCAGAGGGGUGAAGGGAAUUCCUCAGGGUCCCCCAAGUGGUCAGUAUAAGUCUGAAAAUGGGCAGGGAAGAGUUAAUCCCAUCUUCACAGAUGCCAAGGCCAGAGUUCUUU